GUCACUCUCCCAUUGGCUGGUUGAGUCUGAGAGCCCUCACCCUGCUUUGUGCUGCUGUCUGGGCAGCAGCAGGGGUCUGGAGAGUGGGAGGAGGGAGGAAAACCAAAGAAAGGACAGAAUGAGAGACUGGAGGGGCUGAGUGGGGGAAAGGACCCAUCUGAAAAAGAGAGGGACAGAGAGGGGAGAUAGAGGGAGGAACACAACGAGGCAGAGGGAGAGGGGAGGGAGCACAGAGGGUUACCUCAUCUUGAGCUGCUCGUGCACACGGUGCAGGGGAGAAGUUGUGGGAAAGUAAACAGCACAGGAGAAUUCCAAUCUGUUCUCAGCCACUUGCAGCCCUCGCAGGAUACCAUAAAGAUGACUGUGCUGGACCCGGCAGUGUGGUAAAAACUGAGUGUAUGGGAGGUUGCCGGGAUUAAAGGGUCACCAGGGAGUGCCUGAAGCUUCUCGGAGGACACACUGCUGAAGAUAAGGAGGGAUUAUGUCUACUGUGAUGUCUCAGCAGCCGCCAAAGGAGGAUGAAGAGGAGGAAGACGAGGAGCAAGGGGAAGAGUUUUCGUUUGAGGACAGUGCUGAUGAAGAGAAACUUAAGGUGGACAGUAAAGGGAUCCGCUCUGACUCUGAUAGAUCUGUCCAGAUGUCAAAAAAGGAGGACAGUGAGACAUCACAGACAGGCACAGAUGGCACACAGCUUCACAGAACUUCGCCUCCUGCUGGACAGGAGGGCGUCAUCACCAAGGACGUAACUUCAACUUCUACUGGAGAUGUUCCAGUUAUCAAGUCACCCAGUGGGGCCUCAGCAGCAGCAGCCGAGCCCAGUGCCUCAGCUCCUUGUGUGGGAGAGGAGCUCCAGGGGCUUCCUGUGGCGCCGCCAGCUAAGGAGAAGCCGACUGAUUCAGGAGACCGCAGGAAAGAAAUUGUCAAGGAAAGCUCCGGCUCGAGGGACAUCUCCAAAGCUUUAUGUGUGGCUAAAGCUGAGCCACAGACGGUGGAGGCUUCAGAGGUGAUCUAUGAUGAUGUUCCAAGCGAGGACCCCCUCUCUCCCGACGAAGAUAUGAUCUAUGAAGAUGUUCAGAGAGACAGCGGUCCCCUGGAUGCAGACAAUGGGUGGAGCUCCAGUGAGUUUGAAAGCUACGACGAACAGUCUGAUAACGAGGCCAAACAACCCACACGGAGCAAGCUCUCUCCUGAAGUACGUCGGCUGAGGGAACGCUGUGCCAGGACCAAACGUGAACUGGCCAUGAAGCUGUCUGGCAAGCACAACUAUGACAUCAAGGUUCAGCAGCUCAUGAAGGCGGCGAGAAGCGGAACGAAGGAUGGGCUUGAAAAGACCAAGAUAGCCGUCAUGCGAAAAGUUUCCUUCCUGCAGAGGAAAGAUCAAUUGGAAGAGGAGGACGAUGCAGGAUACCUGGAUGUUGCUGUGUCAGAACUGAAGCAUCCUCCCCCACAGCUGAGCCCCAUGCCAGAGGGGCUGACCAGCCACCAGGUUGUCAGGCGCCAUAUCCUCGGCUCCAUCAUUCAGAGUGAGCGGAGCUACCUGGAGUCUCUCAGGAGAAUCUUGCAGGAAUACCAGAGACCACUGAUGGAAGCUGAUCCACGCAUCUUGAGUCCAAGGAAGAUCCGGCCUAUAUUUUACCGAUUGAGGGAGAUCACACAGUGCCACUCCAUGUUUCAGAUUGCACUGGCAUCACGUGUGGCAGAGUGGGACAGCAGUGAGAAAAUCGGAGACUUAUUUGUUGCCUCGUUUUCCAAGUCCAUGGUGCUGGAUGUAUACAGUGAUUACGUGAACAACUUCACUAAUGCCAUGGCGCUCAUUAAAAAGGCAUGCAUGUCCAAACCAGCGUUUCUGGAAUUCCUAAAGAAAAAGCAGGCAGCCAGUGUUGACCGGAUCACUCUGUAUGGUCUGAUGGUGAAGCCCAUUCAGCGAUUCCCGCAGUUCAUAUUGCUCCUGCAGGACAUGCUAAAGAAUACACCGAAGGGCCACGUGGAUCGUCUGCCCCUGCAGCUUGCUCUCACAGAGCUGGAGAUGCUGGCUGAGAAACUGAAUGAACAGAAACGAGUAGCUGACCAGAUUGCAGAAACUCAACAACUGGCCCGCAGCGUCAGUGAUCGCCUGCUCAGUAAGCAACUGAACUCGGAGCAGGGGUCACUGGUCCUUUGUGAGACGCUUAUUGAGACUGUGUAUGGCGAGCGGGGACAAGUCCUGAAGUCGAAGGAGAGAAAGGUCUUCCUCUUUGAUGAUGUGCUCAUCUGUGCCAACAUAAAUGUCAAGGGGCCUCCGGAUAUCAGCAGCCUGGUCCCUGUCGGUCCCAAGUACACCAUGAAGUGGAGCGCCCCCCUUCAGCAGGUGCAAGUAGUCGAGGUGGGGCAGGAGGGCUCUCAAAGCAAAGACACCUUCUUCCAGCAGAGCGGAGCCAAGCGCGCAAGUGUCGCCAGCACUUCAGGUAAAGCGAUCCUCGGCCCUCCACGUCUCUACCAGGAGCUGCAAGAACUGCAGCAUGACCUUUCUGUCGUGGAGGAGGUCACUCUCCUUGUGGGUACGCUGCAGGGGAUGUACCAGAACCUGAACACCACUGUGGCCCAGGACUGGUGUCUGGCUCUACAGAGGCUUAUCCGCAUCAAAGAAGAACAGAUCCAGAGUGCUAACAAAUGUCGCUUACGCCUGCAGGUGCCCGGCAGGCCAGACAAGUCAGGGCGUCCUGUCAGUUUCAUGGUGGUCCUCAACACUCCCAGCCCCCUUAGUAAGAUCUCCUGGGUCAACCGUCUGCACUUGGCCAAGAUUGCUCAACGACAGGAGAACUCACCAGGCUGGUUAUGUGGAGACGACGAAGGGAAGACUAUGGCCCCGUUUUGGUGUCCGUUGCUUGCCUGUCACAUGCCUGUCUUUGCUACAAAGUCACCCGAGAGAAAGCUUGAAGCUGCCCUCCACAAUCCUGUUCAUUGUGCAUUGUUGGGCUUCUCUGCAGCGAGCACCUCCUUACCUCAAGGCUACUUCUGGGUGGCUGGUGGAGGAGAUGGUUCGCAUGGGCACAUAGAGAUAUUUUCCCUCAACAGGCCCAUGCCAAGGACUGUAAAGUGCCUGCAGGUAGGUUCUGCUGUCCGAUGCCUGGAAUACGUGCCAGAACCUUCUCCAACUGAUGAAACAGAGGCUGGAGUUCACAAAGCCACUUCAGGGAUCGGCGCCAACAUUUGUGUUGGAUUAGACGAUGGGCGCAUACUGGUCUACGGCAGUGUGGACACUGCAGCACAAUGCCUGUUGACCCUCCAUAACCCAGAGGGCUGCCCUGUGCUGUGCCUGAAGCACUCCUCUCGCUUCCUGUUCGCCGGCCUGCGGAACGGGACCGUGAUGGUAUACGGAAGAGGUAACAACGAUGAUUUCUGGGACCAAGACUCCAGCAGAUGUGUAAGCCUCGGCACAGAACCAGUGAGGACACUGUUAGUGUUAGAUGACUCAUUGUGGGCAAGCUGCGGGAACUCUGUCACAGCCAUGGAUGUCUCCAGCCUCGCCACUCAGAAAUUUGAAGUUCACCCAGAUCCAAUGGUGAGCGUUGCACACAUGGCCUGUGCAGGUGGAGGGGUGUGGAUGGCAUUCUCCGAGGGCUCCUCCAUUCGUCUCUUUCACACUGAAACACUGGAGCUUCUGCAGGAAAUCAACAUCUCAACACGCUCGACGCUGCUGAACACUGGUCAAAAGAGCAUGAGAGUCACGAGUCUGCUGAUUUGCCAGGGGCUGUUAUGGGUGGGCACCGCCCAGGGCUUAAUUAUCACUCUUCCAGUUCCCAAACUGGAGGGCAUCCCCAAAAUAACAGGAAAGGGAAUGGUCUCUCUCAACGCCCACUGUGGACCAGUGGACUUCCUGGUAGCCACCACCAGCACUCUGUCUCCUGAUCUGCUGAAGAGGGACUCUGUCGGGGACGGCCCAGACUCUGCCUUUGGAGGCGAGGACCGCAGCAACACGUCCUCUCAGGAAUCCCUGCAACAGUCCUACCAGGAAGACAGCAGAGGCAAAGGACGCGGUGUUCUGCUGCAGUACAAGCUGCGCUCCACAUCAGGGCUUCCUGGACGGCCGCUGACGGCGCAGGGUGACGAGGCGUCGGACUCCUCCCUGGAGUCUUUGGAGCACAGCGUGGAAGAUGGAUCUAUCUAUGAGCUCAGUGAUGACCCAGAAAUGUGGGUUCGGGGACGUCCUUGUGAGAGGGACGGGGGACGCAGGGACAGGGUGAUCUCUGCAGCGGUUAUCUCUGGAGGCAAAGGCUUCCGUAGACUGAAGGAAGGAGCAGCAGCAGCAGGUACUAGGACAAGUGGGGAGGGCUUAGAGAAUAUUCUAAUGGUUUGGCAGCUUCCACUGACAGUGUGAUAUGGAAAAUAUAUGGUAAGGUGAUGGGUAUUUGUAGAUGUCUACCCAGCUCAGCCUUGAAUCAACCGUUCCAUAAAUUUAAGGGAUUUAAAUAAACAUGUAUGAUGUGAAGGCGUUGCCACUGUUACGGAGCUUGACAUGUUAUGAUUUGGCUUGUGGAAUAAGGAAGCUAAGAUGUGCUGGUUACAGAGGUACUGUCAGCCCAUAGGACGCUCUGAAUGUUCAGGAUUGUGCGUCAUCAUCUCCUCAGCAGUGGCAGAGAACGCCACAGAUUAGUUCCGUGCUCCGAUUGUUUUGAUCUGGCCCCUCUUCCCACCUUCGUUAAGAUUGAUAUGCCUCAAUUUAACCUCAUCAUUGCAGCGUGGGCUCUGCCACAUUUAUUUUAUGCGAAGGACUUGUGUGUGAGCGGCCAUGGACAGCACACCUUUCAGAGACAGCCUUUGCUGAAUCUGCCAUGCUCUGCAGAGUUAGAGAUGGACAUCUUUUAUCUGAUCCUGUGGGAGAGAUCCCAUCUGUUUAGAGCUGAAAGCUGGGGACUUCCACCACAUCACAAAGCACAUUAGCAUCACUUUAUUAGCUUUGCCAGCCUUCCUCUCAUCCCAUACAAUGUGAAUGUACGAUACCUUCUAUUGUGUCUCGAAAUUGAAUCUGUGCUCUCUUGAAAAAAAAAAAAAAAAAGAUUCCAUUCCUCCUGUUUUGUUGCAGCUGUUGCAGAAAUGAUUUUUGGUUACGAAAAAUGAGUUGCCUCCAAGAGCUUACUAUGCCUUUAUAAUGGGCGGUCACGGUAGAGCAGGCUAGCUGCAAUACUGUUGUAAAAACAACUAAUUUGGAAAACAAAACUUACAGCAGUCAGAGAUGUUAUUGCUCUACAUUACAGAAUCUAUAUUUGUGCUGUAAAUAUCCUGUAAUUAUUACAAUUUUUUUUGAGGAAAAGGAACUUCUUGGUUCCACAUUUUAGAGAAUUAUCUUCCCCAAGUACUGUAAACGCCAGGUAUCAGUUUCAUUAUUCACUGUCAUUCAUCAGAGAUAAAACAAAUGCACCCACAGAGUUGUUACACAGUUCACAUUAGCUGGAAACUCCAGUUACACAUCAAAAGCAAAACGCAAACAAACGGAUGAUGAAAUAAAAGAGCAGCAGCCGACAGACAGAACCUGAGAGUAACACCAAUGAGCAUGUUUACAUGCACAUUAAAUUUCAAUAAUAUACAAUCUGAUUCUGAUGACAGAUGGUGUUUGAAAAUACACAGCAUAUGCAUCUGUAUUACAAUUACAGUAAGAGGCACUGAUAUAUAUCAUCUCUGAUAUUAGCAAAGGACUAGAUGACUCUGCAAGGUCGUGUUUUAUUUGCUCUGGCAGAUGUGUCUGGUUCCCCUCUCGGUCAAGCAGAUUUCCAGCAGACCUGGCCGUGGUCGGGCCAAACACAACCGUUUAUCUUAUGAAGUGCGUGUUUCAGACAAUGACUCACAACCUGGUGUCUUUGUGCUUUAAGUAAAAUAUGUUAUGACUUCAUUUUUGGCUAGCGCACCCCAGUGACACCACAGUGAGCAUCAACCUAACUUCGGCUGGCUCACACUAAAAGAUUUUUCAAAUCUUCAUAGAUCGUAAAAAUGUGACAGACCCCAAAAAUAACGAUAUGUAAUGAUAAAUCUAACAGUUGUGUUGUUAUAGUGCGUGGCACGAAACAAACAUGGCAGAUGAAGGGCAGGAAGAACUAGCGGUUCGUUUUUGCACUACUUUUUUAAAAAAAAUUAAUGAAGAAAAAAAUGUAAAAAAUAUGAAUGAAGUCGAGGAGACGGCGUGAACAUGGACUGUACAUGUUACAGCAAGAGAAAGUGAGUAAAUUCUGAGUUGAUUAAUUAAAAGUAUUAAAACUCUCCAAGAGUUGCAGGACUGCCUGCGAUCCUCAGUGUUCCCCCCCUCACGACAGGUUAUCGGAUUGUAAAUACUGAACAUGUUUAUUGUUGGUCUUUUGAAAUCGGUGCUCCAACAUGGACUUCCGAGCAGAUUGAGGGGAUAUAAAAAACACUCCUAGUUCAGUUUGGAAAGCAGCAGCGCGCACUGGAUGUCAUUUGACGAGCACAAACCAAUCACAGCCAACAGAUCUUUCUCUUCUUCCGCUAAUAUCAGUCAAUAAAUAAGGAACAGUUGAUCAUGUUAGUGCAGGGCUGCCAGAGCUUUACAUCUGUCCCAUGGACGAUAGGCCUACAUAUUUAUAAACAGGACCUGGAAGAUGAUCAGCUCUGCACUCAGGAUUUCAGGUAUAUGGGCUAUGAUAUGGUGCUUGAUAAGCAGUGCCCAACCUCGCGUUUUCCAGGCAGUCAAAGACGUGGCAUGUGUUCAGCCCCUAAACAUACCUCACGCCACAGGAACAUCUGGCCAGAUGAUCUUUAGAACUGUCAAAAUCAGAGCUUUGCGGACGGUUGUCGGAAGAGGGGGGGGGGGAAUCAGGCUCAAAAUCGUAUCAAUUCUCGUAUAGUGUGCCCAGUAUUAAAAUGAACGCUGCUGUGGCAACCAAGAUGGCUGCAACUGAUGUGGAACUUUGUUUAAAUAAAUUUUCAAAUUCUGAUAACAAAAAUGGCAACACUCGUUCAAAGACACAUCAAUGCUACGUCAUCACAGCUCAUCUCUGCACACUGUGGUCUGUUUACAUUUAUCCGUCGCUUAGCACAGUGUCGAGUUUUGUUGUUUUGAUUAGUUGUAGGAUUAUCCAGUUGCGUCCAGAGGCAUUUCUAGGCGUUCUACAGCUGUUGAUAACGCCCCUUGAGAGGUUCCGCAUUUGCAGUUUGGUCUGGUGAUGUCAGGCACACUAAGUCAUGUACACCUUCCUCCAUCAACGCUUGUUUUUAUGCCAAUAUUCAGUAAAUAUUUGAAAUCUAAUUCAAGAAUUUAAUGUUUUAUGAUGAAGAUAUGAGGAUGCAUGUAAACGUGUCGUGUCAGGUGGAAACCUCACGACUCCAUUUGAGGUGAUGUUUUUCAGAUCAGUUGAAGGAUCACAUGGUGUACCUUCAACCUGACAGGCUUAUAAAACCUCUUUUAACCACAUUACUGAUACAUGCUUUGUAAUUAGGCUCUGUACAGGCUGUUCUUUUUUCUUUAACUUAUAAAAUUGUGAGAUUUUUGCAGGAUUGUUGAAGCUGGUAUGAGAAGCACUCAGUGGUACUGUCUUCAAUAUAGAGAAGUGUUUGCUUCAUAACCUCUUAAUUAAAACCUAUGGUAGCUUUGGCAGGUUUGUGAACUUGGACUGCUGACAAUGGCAUCUACCUUGCAUACAGAAACUAAGAAGUAUAUACUUUACAGUGCAUAUUUUUCACAGCGUGUUGAGCGCAUAGGUGGACUUUCAUACAAGUUUUCAAGUAUGAACAUAGUUUUGUGGAUUUUCAAUAAAGCGAGCGAUGGUGAAGGUUAUGGUAUAUCAUUUUUCUCCACCUCUAUCUCUACUUAGCCCUUCCACCGCACAUGGAAUCUCAUCUUAUCCUUUCAUCACAGAUGAAGCGUAAAGUUCAUGUUUUUGUAUUUCCCUGAGGCACAUUGAGGUUUAUUUUCCCUUUUCUUCUCCUCCUCACAACUGAAGAUCAAAAGCAUUUAAACAUCCUGCUGUCAGCCAGAAUGAAUCCCAACAAAAAAAAAAAAAAAAAAAGAUGUAAACUGUCCUUGGAUGCUGUCAUCUAAAUGUAAAUCUCAAUGUCACGUCAGAAAUGUAUACUCUUAAUUCAUGUGAGAUUCAAUGCUGCUGGAGCCACGGCGGCCCUGAUGGUCACUAUAGAGGUUUUUACUUCAACCACAACGAGACGAUGAGUGUGUACUCCGACAGUUUCACAAGCCUCUCUGCUAACAACUGAGAUUUAGUCUCCAACGUGUGGUGACAUUUGAUGGACGUUGACUCACACAUUUCAUUAGCUCACACUACAUGUGUACAGGUAUUAUCCAUGCACUGAAUAUUAAUACUUAUGAAUGAACUGUACUGUACUACUAAUUAGAACCAUUACUGUACUAAUGAUUCCCUUUUGUAAAGAGGACUCUGCAACAGUGUUGAUGUUUUAGAUGAGACUGUGUAAGGAACAGUUUAUGCAAUUUAUUUUCCUGUGGUGUUAAAAAGAAGUUUAUUACAAAUGAGAUCUUAUGGUUUUUUUAGAUUUGGCCAUCAGUUAUUACAACACGUAAAUUAUAUGUUAAUUGCUGAGAUUUGGGAACAUGGUGACAUCACUAAAAAGACGUCUGGCCGGAGAAGAAACAUAAACAAUCACAUGAUCCGGCAGGUUUUUAACAACAACUCGGGAUAGCUCUUGGAAAGGAACAACAGGAAACAUUACUUUUAUUAUUAUAUUUAUGACUGACCACACCGUUCAGUUUUCCUGUGCAAUGAGGCACCUUUAGACCUAGUCCACACAAACAUGGGUAUGUCUGAAAACGUAGCUUUCUCUAUAUGUUUUGGCCGUUCGUCCACACGCAAACUGCACUGUCGGUCACUGAAAAAUGAUCUUUUGUAAAACUGCCCUGGGUUCAGAUGUUCAGAAACUCUGGUGCGCCCACCAGCUCACCUGGUAGAGCAGGCACCCAUGUAUAAAGCUUGUGUCCUUGCCACAGCAGCCAAGGGUUCGAUUCCAACCAGCGGUCCUUUGCUGCGUAUCAUCCACCUUUCUCUCUACCCCUUUCAUGCUAUAGCUGUCCAAUCAAACAAAGGCAAAAAGCCCCAAAAACAUCUUCAGUUUUUAGCUUCUAACGUCAGAGUGUGGGUCGAAAUCUCCUUUGUGAGAUGUCACAAAUGAGGCAAUGUUUCGUGCAAUGGUGGUCAUGGCCAGACUAGUGCUAUUUACAUGUUUACACCUUAAUGUGUAGUCACUCUUUUGCUUUAUUGAAGAAUGGAGACUUCAGAACGCACUACGGUGUUGACUGCCUCAGGUUUCUGAUUGGCCAACAUCGUUGUCUUCUUUGCGCAGCUCUAGGGCCCUGACGCACCCAGCUGUUGGUUGGCCAUUGGUCAAUCUCGAGCUGUCACUGAGCAUCUGUUGCCCAGUUUCAGCUCUUGUCUGCUUUUUUAUGGCUGAUUCAGUAUGUUGAAUCGGCGGUGGAUCCCAUCGGUGACAGAAAUCACUCUGAUUAGCAAUUCAGCUCCGUGUACAUGAAGGGAAACAGAAGACUAAAUUCAAGAGGGCGUGAGAUCCAAACAAAAUUAUUAUGUUGGAUACGCUUCUGUUUUUAGCCAUCAAGCUCGUUAGCAGAAAUGUGUUUGCUAGCGCAUGGCAAAUAUUCCUUGUCCUUUCAACAUCAGGUUGGUUUGUUAAUGUGCUAACUGGCUAACUAGCAUCUUGAAUCCUUCCUGUCCAUCUUCUGGUUUCCUUUUUUGAAUGAGAAAUACAGUCUACUGCCACCUGCUGGUAUAGACAGUUAUUACCUCUCAUGCAGGCACAGAACUUAUGCGGUAGUUGGCCGUUGGCUGUAGUCAUUACGGUGUGUUCAAGUGUGCCAAGACACAGGUGACGUGACGCGACAUUAUCAGUCGGCCUUUGUUGCUACUAGUUCUUUGAUGUUGGUCUGGUGUGUUCAGGCCUUUAGGUUCAGGCUCACAUCGCCACCUGUUGGUUGGCUUGCUCUUGGCAGCGCUUCAUUUUCAUAUGAACGGUGAUUUUUUAAUGAUAGUGUGUGAUCGUGUGGACAAAAAAAAAAAAAUCCCGUAACAGUGUGGACUAGGCCUCAGUUUUACAACCUGUGUGAUCAUCUGUUCUUUUCUUGACCUGUCAGACUUUGUUGCAAUGCAAUAAAAUGAUGGCCAAACCUACUAAAGUAAAGGUACAAGAGACGAGUAAUAAACCAGAUUUAUCCUUUAAAGCAAAAGUAUUACUCUUAAUGCCGUCACAGGCGUGUGGAAACAGUGCUCAUUUCCCUUUGGUACAAUAUUUGAAUGUUACAUGUCUAAACGUUGUUUAACAGGCUUAUGCUAAAUUAAAAACAUGUUUAAACUUGA